CGCAGGCGGAGUAACAGCAACCACUGAGGAGGAGGAUCGGUGGAAAAUGUAUAGAUAGGCUAAUUGUAACGUUCUAAUGUGCAGGAGUAGCGUUCAAAGUUUAGAGCCCAAGUUUACAGAACAGAAGGUAGGACAUUGUUAGCGCUGGACGGUCAUGACGAAUGAGAAUCUGUGGCGAUAACAAGGUUUCAUCUGUUUCCACUCUGCAUCCUUGGAUACGUUACGCGCGUGUGGAUUCGUUUAAUUUCAAGAAUGUGUGUGAUACAGAGUGCGAGGAGUACUAUAGUGCGAGGACCGUAACGACUCGAAUGUCCAAUUACAAUCUAAAGUUGUAAAAAUGCACGCAGCUACCAGCCUCUCAAUGGUCAGUUUGCUAAGUUUUGGCUACCUAUCCAUGGAAUGGAUCAAGCCGAAUAAAGUGGAGGAGCACACUCAAAACGAUCCCUCUAUUACGUUUGAACCCAAACAACCACCACACAUCAUAUUCAUACUGACGGAUGACCAAGGCUUCAAUGACAUAGGUUACCACAACCCGGACAUUCGUACUCCAACUCUAGACAAACUGGCCUCCGAAGGGGUGAAGCUGGAUAAUUAUUACGUUCAACCUAUCUGCACUCCGUCACGCAGUCAGCUGAUCACGGGCAGAUACCAGAUCCACACAGGCCUUCAGCAUUCCAUCAUCCGGCCUCGACAGCCCAACUGCCUCCCCCUGGACAUGACCACACUUCCACAGCGACUGCAGGAAGCAGGGUACGCUACUCACAUGGUGGGCAAAUGGCAUCUUGGCUUCUAUAGGAAGGAGUGUCUGCCCACACGCAGAGGCUUCCACAGCUACUUUGGCUCUCUGACGGGCAGUGUGGACUACUACACGUAUGGUUCCUGUGACGGACCAGGCCUAUGUGGCUACGACCUCCACGAGGGGGAGACUGUGGCCUGGGGCCGUGGAGGCAAGUUCUCCACUCACCUCUACACACAGAGGGUACGCAAGAUCCUGUCCACUCACGACCCGUCCCGCCAGCCCCUCUUCAUGUUCCUCUCCCUCCAGGCUGUCCACACGCCCCUUCAGUCACCCAAGGCCUAUAUCUACCCCUACCGCGGGAUGGGGAACGUAGCCAGAAGGAAGUACGCAGCCUUGGUGUCCAUCGUAGACGAGGCUGUACGCAAUGUCACCUACGCUCUGCGCAAGUACGGCUACUACCGCAACAGUGUGCUCAUCUUCUCCACUGACAACGGUGCCCAGCCGUUCACUGGGGGGAGUAACUGGCCCCUACGGGGACGUAAGGGGACCUACUGGGAGGGAGGUGUCCGUGGGGUGGGCUUCGUACACAGCCCACUGCUGCGUAACAAGCGGAGGGUCUCCAAGGCCCUCAUGCACAUCACUGACUGGUAUCCAACCCUGGUGGGUCUGGCUGGGGGUAACGUGUCACUGACUGAGGGUCUAGAUGGCUACAAUGUGUGGCCAACCAUCAGUGAAGGCAAAGAGUCUCCACGCCUGGAGAUACUCCAUAACAUUGACCCGCUCCAUCGGCGCACUGGCCUGCCCCCAUCUGGUUCUGGGCAGGAGGCCCAGCAUUUGUGGGACACCACGGUCCAGGCUGCCAUCCGGGUGGGGGACUGGAAGCUGCUAACAGGGGACCCGGGCCAUGGAGACUGGGUCCCACCACAGGUACUGGCCAACUUCCCCGGCAGCUGGUGGACCCUGGAGCGGAACACUGGAGGAACAGGGAAGUCUGUGUGGCUCUUUAACAUCACAGUAGACCCUUAUGAACGCAGUGACCUGGCGCUGCAGAGGCCUGAUGUGGUCAAACAGCUGUUAGCACGUCUGGCCUACUACAACCGCACUGCCGUCCCGGUCCGGUUCCCAACUGACGACCCCCGGGCCAACCCAGACCGCAACGGGGGAGCCUGGGUACCCUGGGUCGGGGGGGACGAAGACGAGCAGAAAUGGAACGGGGUCUACAAAAAGGGGAGGAAUAAAAGGAAGAAGAAAUGCAAGCUGGGUAAACUGAGAUCCUUUUUCAAGAAACUGAAUACAAGGAUAAUGUCCAAUAGAAUAUGAGCUGGGAAACUGAAUACAAGGAUCAUGUCCAAUAGAAUAUGAGCUGGGAAACUGAAUACAAGGAUAAUGUCCAAUAGAAUAUGAGCUGGGAAACUGAAUACAAGGAUAAUGUCCAAUAGAAUAUGAGCUGGGAAACUGAAUACAAGGAUAAUGUCCAAUAGAAUAUGAGCUGGGAAACUGAAUACAAGGAUAAUGUCCAAUAGAAUAUGAGCUA